AUCCUCCAUUUUUUUCCCUUCUACUCCAUCAUGAACAAUACAAUUAUGGAAGAUAGUGAAGGUCCAAAUGAUGUUGAGUUAAGUGAAGAAACUUUUGGAAAAAAUUAUGGCUAUGGAAUUGGAUUUUCACUUGGUGUCCUAAUAUUAUUUUCAGUCAUGGCUUAUGCUUCUUACUUAUGUAUCCAAUCGCGAUCGCGAUCGCGCAACAAUUCUAACAUGCCUAAUAAUAAUUCUUCAUCAUCUUCUUCUCAUGGUAGCUCUACAAUUGUUGGUGAUGAAUUGGUUUUUGUUCAACAAGGUAUUGAUGAAGAAAUUUUGAGAAAUUAUCCAAAGUUAUUAUAUUCUCAAGCAAAAGUUCAUUAUUAUCAUAAAGAGGAUAAUAAUAAUAAUAUUGAUGAUGAUAUUGUUGCCUCCGGAUGUUCUAUUUGUUUGGGUGAUUAUAAAGACAAUGAUAUGUUAAGAUUAUUGUCUAAUUGUGGUCAUAUUUUUCAUGUUAAAUGUAUUGACCCUUGGUUAAGGCUUCAUCCAACUUGCCCAAUUUGUAGAAAUUCUCCACUUCCAAUGAAAUAAUAAAGUU